CACUCCGGAUGCUCCCAUAGCAACGUUGAUAGUAACUUGUCUGCAUAUCCAAAAUGGGACCUUGUGUUUAUAAAUAAUUUAAUAUGCCAUAGGUUUAGCUACUUGAAAUACAUCUUGAUUCAACAAUGUCGGAGGCAUUGCAAGGAUUAUUCUCUGAUGCGAAAAAAGGAAAAUAUUCAAGCAUAAGAGACACAUUAUCAGAGGAUGAUGUUGCUUCUAUUUGGGAAAAUGUUUGUGGGUUUAUUGCAAAGCAGAUGACCCAACAGAAGGGAGUGAAUAUCGGUGGAUUAGGUACAUUUACCUUUUCACAACAAAAGUUGGAUAUUGGCAACAAAAAGUUUCUUUUAAUGCAGAGGCCAGUUUUUAACAUUGCAGAGAAGUUUGCACAAACCCAUGCCUUACAUACUUCAAAACGCUAUGCUCCAGGACAAAUUCCGGUGGUACCACUCAACUAUGCAGCAGUGUCGUUUGAAAGCCCGUUUGAUCGGGACACGGUCGAGGGCUGCGUGAGGGAAAUACUGAAUGCCAUCACACGAGCUCUUGGUGCUAGGAGAAAUGUAGAAUUGUUGUUUCCUGGUGUUGGGAGAUUGUCCAUUCGUGAGAUGAAGGUGAAAAUGAAAUUCUUCAAAGAAUUCAUCAAUGAGCUGGAUGGGUCUGGGCGGCUAAUGGACUCCUUACAGAAUCGUCCGGGAACUGUGGAUUCCGUCAUGUCUGACCGGACAAUCUCCCGCUGUGGAAGCAGCACGCUGGUCCUCCCCAACCCUAGGGGAGCAAGGAUUACCUCCCACAAUCAAAGUGAACAAGUCAAGUGCCUUAGCCCUGUGUGCGAGGAGGGUGUCAACCCCCUGGACCAGGGAAAAGACCCCGGGGACAUGAGCGCCCGCCAGCUGGCUGAAGCCCUAGCUGAGAAGUACGCGUGUCGGUCCGAGCGUGUUCCGGUGUGUGAGGACUCCAGUGAGGGUCACUACGUGCCUGCGUGUGACGAGCCCAUGUCACAGGAAAUGGAGGAGGGGAUGGAGGGACCUGAGGUGGGAGACAUAAUGACGGCUACCGCCCUCGAAAACAUACUGAAAGAGGGGGAGCCCAUGCAUAACCUGCAUGAAUACAUACCCGAACCACAGUUUUCACAUCUCGAAGAGCCCAAGAAGAGUGUGACAAUCAUAUCCCGAGCGUGCUCUCGACAAACCAUGCAGUUGCCAUGUGCAAGUGGUAUCAACAUCUAUGAAGAACUCAAUCCAGAAGCACCUGGCUUCCAAACAUCUCCACCUUGCCAGACACCUCAGCCAUGCAGAAUCCCACAUCCAGUAACGGCUCCAUCAUGCCGCCCCCCACCUGGCCAUCUGACGCCCAUCGAGCGACCAGCGACAGCGGAAUCAUCAUGCGGCCAUCCGAACGCGGGCCAGGAGCUGUGUUACUUGUGUCAUCAGAGGGCUCGUAGAAACAUCCCGGUAUCAUUCGCGGAGGAGCGGCGCAGACGUGAGGAGGAGGAGGAGAAACUCCUACACCAGUUCCACGUCAUGAAGGAUGCAGAGGACACCAUCAUGGAACAUGAAAAACAGAUUGGAAAAAGACAUGAACUUCAGAAGUUGGCUGCCUUCAAUAGUGGUGUUGCCGAAGCAACCAAUUCUAAGAAAAAGGCAAAAGAUAAUUGCUUUCAUAGAUCGUACAUAUUCCAGAGAAGACCGCUGACACCACCCCGGUUCCCCAAACAAGAGGAAUACAACAAGGAAUUGACCAAGCAGGUUCAAGCCAAUGAGGGUGUGAAACAAAAAGAAAAAGCCGAAACUGAAUUUUUAGAAAAACUUGAACAAGUUCAACUUGCUGAGGAUAUUGCUGCCCUGCGGGAGAAGCAGAUAAGGGAUAAAGCUGAGCAGAUGGAGAUGGUUAAGAGGGGUUUGGAAACACAGCUAAAGUUUAAGCCACUCCCUAUCCCAGCCUGUGAAGCAGAUGGUGAAAUAUUCGGUAAAAACGAUCUGACCAAUGAGAAAAUGUUGGAAAAAAGAAGAAAAGCUUAUGAACUGUUCCAGAGUCAGCAAGAGUUGGUGGCUCAGAAAAAACGAGAAACCAUCUUGAAAAAAUUAUGUGAACAGAAAGAGGAGGAAGAAAUUCUUGAGCGGACUAAGAGAGAGUUACUGGAUGACCGCGCCCACAGAUUCAAGACGCGGAUGAACACGCGUAAACACCUGGAGGACAACUGGUGUCGAACGGUGCACAUGAAGAGAGCGCGCGAUGCCGAGGAACAUCUGGCCUCACUCUGCCCUGAGGGUCUUGUCCAUGAACAGUGUGACAAGUACCGGCGCUGUCGACAGUGUCAGCGCAAGCUAGGCAAUAAGGGUGUGACAAAUAUUUGGUGUGAAACACGCUACAUACCGGGUUCACGGUUAAUGGUGUAAUUUGACUGCAGAAAGCAGUCAUGUGGUCAGAUACUUCUGUCUCUCUUAAGAAUAGGUUGCUUUUUCCCGGAAAAUUUUUAUAUAUGUUUUUAUACCCUAGCACAAAAUUGUAUGUCUACUAACCCAAACAUAAGUAAUGACGUUGUAGUGCACUAAUAGUAUAUGUGCACUGAAGGUAUCUGUGCACCAGUUAUAUUCAUGAUACACUUCAUGGCAAAAUUAUUGUGAGUCCCCUAUCAAUAGUAGCUCGGUUUGCUUCUCAUUAUUUCAUUGUGUAUGGUCACAGGUGCUCAAUAUACUGUAAUGACCUAUGACCAGUAUGAUAUAUUUAGUUGUGUACUACAAACUAAAAAUCAGUCCUCAGACUAUUGCAUUGGUUUAUAGUAUUUUAUAAAUCAGUACAUUUCAUAGCACUACUGUAAUCAUCUAUAUAUUUUACUAAUGAAAAGUAUUUACAUAUUACUACUAGGUACUGCAGUGGUCGUUUGCAGAUAAUUCUAAUUUGUAAAUAGUAUUUUUGUAAUAAAUGCAUGGAUUGGUCCAUAUUGUAUCAUGUAACAUUCAUAAUUGCAUAAACUUCAGUUUUUCACUACUUUUGUGAGUGAUCAAAAAUUAAAUAGAUAAUUUUGGCUAUAUUAUCUGUUGUUUAAAAUUAAUAAAAUUAACUUCAUGUUAUCUGUUAAUUUUGAAUCAGUAAAUAUAUGGAGACAUUUUUUAAAAGUUGUUUGUCAUGAAAUGUGAGAAUUUCCUCAUUUGGCUGUUGAUGAAAACAUUUGAACCAUAGAAUGGAGAUUCUUCUUGUGCAAUGUAUUAAUUUCCUGAAGAAAGAAUUUGAUUGUUAUUUGAUAAUAUUUUAUAUUGAUAUAAUAGUUAUACACUUGAAAUUAUAAAAUUGAAUGUAAUAAUGUUUUAUGUUCAUGGAAAUAUGAACUACAUUGUCACUUUACACACCUGUGUAUGAACAGCUUCAUAUAAAGCUGUUCUGUGGUUCAUAUUUCCAUGAAUGUCAAACAUUAUUAUAUUAAAAUUUGUUUAGUCAUUAGACUUUUUCUUUUCCAAUUCUUUUGAUAAACUUAGCUUGACUCUAAUUGUGAAUCCAUCUAUAGUCCAUCCCACAGGGAAUGUCUUUUUAUACUACAUAAUUUACAAAAGUUAUUUAUUUCUCAACCGAUUUAGUUUUUGUAAAUUUCAAAACACUUUUACUUUUUUUCUUAACUGAAAUUAUUUACAAAAAAACAUUUUUGUAGGAGGAUGGGACAGACACUAAUACACACCAUAAACAAUUACACAACUAUAUUCGAUUUCCAAAAUGAAAUAUUAUGUCCAAAAUGAUUGUAAAGUUGAAGAUGCCACAAUCGUUGUGUUAACAAUGUUUAAAUUGUGUUUAGAAAAUUGCAAAUGGUGAUUACAGUACUUUGGUCAUAGAUCAUUAUAUGUAUAACAUUUCCUGUGUUUAUGCAUAUUGAUUUGAUGUGACUUGUGACUGUAUACUUGGUCAGUGAUAUUCUAAAGAGAGCAGUUGUAGAUGAUUGAUUUCUUGAUGCCAAGAACAUAUCUGAGUUUCUUGAUACCAAGAAUUCACUGUCUUGGUUUUCAAAAAUAAGACUUAUAGUAAGAUAUUUUAUGUUUAGAUGUUUUAUACACUUUUGAAAAAAAGAAAAGAAAAAGAAAACAAUCAUUGUAUAUUGAAACAUCUGUGUGUAAUAUUAAAGCACCAAUGCCAUAACAAGUCUAAGUUAAUUAAAUCAAAUUGACAUUUACAUGGACUUACCAAAACAGUCAUGCUGCAUUGGUAUGUAAUGCCUGUAUACUUCUGUCCUGGAGCAGACUUCUGGCUAUCCAGAGGUCAGCCCCGGGACAGACAUACUCGAAGCUCUAGUGGCAUAUGAGCAUGUAAAUAGUGAACCCAAACCCGAGCCCGAGCCUGUAUGCUUACUAAUGACAAGUGUAAAUGUGAGAACAUGCAUUGUGUGUUAUCGUCUAUCAACACAGCAAUACCAGGCUGCAUACUGCUGAUUCAUCUGGCCUACUGCUGAUCCAUCUGAAAAUGUUGAAAAUUUUAGUUGCAUAAAGGGUGCCAAGCAGUUCUAGACAUAUGUACUGGAUGUAAACUUUCUUGCUUUGUUUGAAGAAUAUAUUAUAAUGGUGAAACACACAAACAUAUGCACAUGAUAGUGAUGUUCAGAUAUAUGCUUUUUGAUCCAGUGUAUAUAUUUGUUAUAAUAAAAAGGGUCUAGUAGACCUACAUGCAGUCUGUGAUCAAACAGUAUUAUUUAAUAUUUGAAUUUGUUUAACUUACUACAUGAUGAACGUGUUAAUG